AUGGCUGAAGCAUUACUUGGAAUCGUGAUUGACAACCUCAGAAGUUUUGUCCAAGAGGAGCUUGCAACCUUUUGGGGCGUUGACCAACAGAUCCAAAGCCUAUCAGAGAAUCUCACCUUGAUUCGUGCUGUUCUUAAAGAUGCUGAAGAAAAGCAAAUAACAAGCCAUGCUGUCAAGAUUUGGCUACAGAAACUGAGUGAUGCAGCAUAUGUCUUAGAUGACAUAUUGGAUGAAUAUUCAAUAGAAUUUAAUGUACUAGCAGGUAGCAAUUGUGCCACUUAUUCCAAUCCUAAGAAGAUUUUGUCUCGUUAUGAUGUUGGCAAGAGGAUGAACGAUGUUUCUAAUAGGUUUGAUGAUAUUGCCAAACAAAGAAGCAGGUUUGAAUUGCAUGAAGUAAUCGUAGAGAACCGAUCUCAAGAUGAUGAAUGGCGCCAAACAAGUUCUAUCAUCACUGAACCCAAAGUGUUUGGUAGAGAUCAAGACAAAGAACAAAUUGUUGAGUUUCUUGUGAGUCAAGCUAGUAACUGCCAAGAGCUCUCUAUCUGUUCCAUUGUUGGCAUUGGUGGGCUUGGAAAAACAACACUUGCUCAACUUGUCUUCAAUGAUGAAAGGGUAAGCAAAUAUUUUGAUCUGAAAAUUUGGGUUUCUGUUUCUGAUGAUUUUAGUACCAUGAAAAUGUUGCAAUCUAUUGUUGAAUCUGUCACUGGACGAAACCCAAAAUUGUUGACUUUAGAAGCAAUGCAAAAGAAAGCUCAGGAAGUGUUGCAAAGCAAAAGGUAUUUGCUUGUUCUAGAUGAUGUGUGGAAUGAGGAGCAAGUGAAAUGGGAUAAGUUCAAGUGUUUCUUGCAGUGUGCAAGUGAAACAAAAGGUGCUUCAGUUUUGGUCACUACUAGACUUGAGACUGUUGCAUCCAUCAUGGGAGCACACCCUACUCAUCGUUUGCAAGGUUUACAAGAGAAUCACAUUUGGUCAUUGUUCAAACAACAUGCAUUUGGACCAAGUGAGAAAGAGUGUGAAGAGCUUGUAAAAAUUGGCAAGGAGAUAGUGAGAAAAUGUGUUGGUUCGCCUCUUGCAGCCAAAGCAUUGGGGAGCCUUUUGCGCUUCAAAAGGGAGGAAAAUCAGUGGAUUUCUAUAAAAGAAAGUAAGCUUUGGAAUAUUUCUGAUGAUAAUCCAAAUCCAAUCAUGUCUGCUUUGAGGCUAAGCUACUUUAAUUUGAAAUUAUCAUUAAGGCGAUGUUUUUCUUUUUGUGCCAUUUUCCCCAAGGAUUUUAAGAUGAAGAAGAAAAAUCUAAUCUUUUUAUGGAUGGCUAAUGGGCUUAUUUCAUCUAGAGGAAAUUUGGAGGUGGAGCGUGUUGGCAAUGAGGUGUGGAAUGAACUAUACCAGCGAUCAUUUUUCCAAGAAGUCAAGACUGAUGCAUUUGGCUACAUUGAAUUCAAGAUGCAUGAUUUAGUUCAUGAUCUUGCUCAGUCAAUAAUGGGGGAAGAAUGUGUGGCUUCCAAUGGCACAAGCUUAACUAAUUGUUCAAGCAGAGUUCACCACUUCAGUUACUUCAACCCCAAUAAGCGAAUCAACUACAACAUGAUUCCCUUAAGGAAAGUUGAAUCCUUGAGAACCUUUCUUGAUUUUUGUCCACUUCCAUCAAAUGUAGGCUUUUUGUCUUCCAGCCAUACGCUUCGAGCAUUACGUGUAGGUUCUUUUCAACCCUCAUCAGCUCUCAAGAAUUUAACACAUUUGAGAUACUUGAACCUUUGUAACUGUGACAUCACAUCUUUGCCAGAGUCAAUUUGCAGGCUACAAAAAUUGCAAAUACUAGAACUGGAUAAUUGCUUUUAUCUUUCUAGUCUUCCUGAGCAGUUGACACAACUCAAGGAUCUGAGACACCUCAUUAUUAAAGGCUGCAAGUCAUUAGUAGCAAUGCCCUCCAAAAUUGGGACCUUAACUUGUCUAAAAUCAUUGAGUGUUUUCGUUGUUGAUUCAAAGGAAGGGUUUGGCUUGGCAGAGUUACAUGAUUUACAGCUAGGAGGCAAGCUACACAUUAAAUGUCUUGAGAAAGUGCCAAGUGAAAGGGAUGCCAAAGAAGCUAACUUGAUUGCUAAAACAGAAUUGAAUCGGUUAUUCUUGUCAUGGGGUAAUGAUCAUGCUAAUGCUAAUGCUAAUGCUAAUGCUGAACAAGUACUUGAAGCCCUUGAGCCACACACUAAUCUCAAGAGUUUUGGGAUGAACGGUUACAUGGGAAUACAGCUGCCUAGUUGGAUGAGAAACACUAGUAAUCUCAAAGGCUUAGUUGAUGUGAUGCUCUUCAACUGCAAAAACUGUCAACAACUUCCACCACUUGGUAAGUUACCAUGUUUGACAAAUCUUACUGUAUCUGGAAUGAAUAUAAAGUACAUUGAUGAUGACCCGUAUGAUCCAAUGAUUGAAAAGGCUUUUACAUCCUUAAAGAGACUCUCUUUGAUUGAUUUACCAAACUUAGAGGGUAUGUUGUCUGCUAAAGGAGUGGAGAUGCUUCCAAUUCUUUCACAGUUAGUAAUUUCAUGUGUCCCCAAGCUUGCAUUGCCAUGCCUUCCAUGUGUUGUGUACCUUCAAGCAUGUGUAAGUAAUGAGGAGUUGUUGAAUUCAAUCACUGAUUACCAAAGCAACAGUGGAACGCUGCAAAAGAUGCAUCCCAUGGAGGAUCUCAAUAUUAUUAGCUUCUAUAAACUCAAUUCAUUACCUAAUAAACUCAACAACCUUAGUGCACUACAUAGGCUUCAAAUUUUAUCUUGCCAUGAACUUGAGUCUCUCUCUGAGCACGUGUUGCAAGGUCUCAAAUCUCUUCGAACUUUGAUUAUUGCACAGUGCAGGAAAUUCAAAUCCUUUUCUGAAGGUAUGAGACACUUAACUUGUCUUGAAAAUCUUGAAUUUGGGGAUUGUCCACAGUUGAUGGCUUUGCCGAAUAGUAUAAGCCAACUAACUUCGCUUCGUCGUGUGAGAAUCACUGGGACAAAUAAAGAUUGCACAAUACUGGAGGAUUUAAAACGCAUUCCUUGCCUACAGAAUUUGAUUCUAUUUCGAUUUCCUUGUCUAACAUCCUUGCCAGAUUGGUUGGGAACCAUCACUUCUCUUCAAAAGUUAGAAAUUGAGUUUUGUCCUGAGUUAAGAUUGCUACCUGAUAGCUUUCAGCAACUAAGGAACUUGCAAGAACUACGUAUUAAUAAUUGUCCUAAGUUGGAGAAGCGAUGCAAGAAAGGAACAGGAGAAGAAUGGCAAAAGAUAUCUCAUGUUCCUCAGUUUGAACUUGAUCCAGAACAGACAAAUUGUGAGAAAAUCAUGUCUAAAUGGAAGACGUGGAAGCAACGCAAACAUCGUCAUCGUUACUAUAGCUCUCUGAGUGAUGAGUUUAGCAGCAAAGUUGAUUGGUUCUAA